AUGUCGCAGCCCAGCGCACCCUCUGGCUACGAUGACAGGAACCCCCUCUACCCUCCUCCACCAGGGAGCUAUCCCCAGCCUCCCCACUAUGCUGGGGCGUACCCGCAGCCUGGGGGAUACCCUACAACAAUGGGGUACAGACAGCCAGGGGGAUACCCAGCAGCAGGGGGGUACCCUCAACCAGGGAUGGCCAUGCCCACCAUGCCUGUUCGGUUUGGUGACGAUGGCAUCGGAGACGACUCCCCCUUCCAAUCAGUGGAUUGGGAUGACAGGAAAGUCCGACAUGCCUACAUCCGCAAGGUCUAUGCCAUCAUCUCCCUGCAGCUGCUGGUGACAGUGGGAAUCAUCUCUGUGUUCACUUUUGUCCACCCUGUCCGCACCUUCGUCCAGAGAAAUGUCGCCUUCUACUACGCCUCGUAUGCUGUGUUCCUGGUGACCUACCUGGUGCUGGCCUGCUGCCAGGGCCCCCGGAGACGCUUCCCCUGGAAUAUGAUCCUGCUGACCAUCUUCACGCUGGCCAUGGGGCUGAUGACAGGAUCGAUUGCCAGCAUGUACAGCACCAAGGCUGUCUUGAUGGCCAUGCUCAUCACUGCCAUCGUGGCCAUCAUUGUCACCAUCUUCUGCUUCCAGACCAAGGUUGAUUUUACAUCGUGUCCAGGGCUCUUCUGUGUGCUCGGCAUCGUGGUCAUGGUGACUGGGAUCAUCACAGCCAUCGUCCUCUCCAUCAGCUAUGUCCCCUGGCUCCACAUGGUGUACGCGGCCAUUGGGGCCAUUGCCUUCACCCUGUUCCUUGCCUAUGACACCCAACUUGUGCUGGGGAACAGGAAGAACACCUUGAGUCCUGAGGAGUACAUCUAUGGUGCCCUCACCAUCUACACCGACAUCAUCUACAUCUUCACCUUCAUGUUACAGAUAGUGGGCCGGGAUUAG